AUGGAGACCGUUGCUUCAGUCAAAAGUCUUCUUCAAAGUUUUAAUAGUAUCUUUUGGUCUCGCCUUGGAUUCAUGCCUGUAUCGUUCUUUGAAGAGCUGGAUUCACCUGGCACUCCAGAAAUGUUUGGCCCUAUUGUCAACUCUGAGGAUGUCCAUGUUGAAGGGCAGAAACAGAUUGGUCUUCACGCUGAUCACUGGAACACCUGGAAUUUCUCCGAUCCUCUUAGCUCUGCGUACAAAGCCGUAGCUACGGUGAUACAUAGCUUUUAUCAUGAUCCUCAAAACAUGACGGCCGAGGCCCCCUUCCAACCAAUGGACCCUGAUAUCUCUGGUUGGUUCUUGUCUUUACUCAAAGAAGAGCGGCGUUACUCAUCAUGCUUAGGACUCCUUCGAUCUCUCCAGGUCAACAACAUCGAAUUCCUGUCAAAAGCAAUGAAAGGGACUUGUUCCUGGAUUUUUGAGAACCAUACCUUUGGAUCCUGGCUUGAACAACCGUCAGGACUUCUGUGGGUAAAGGGUAAGGCAGGAAGCGGCAAGUCAACACUUUUGCGAUACAUACAUCAAACUGUGACGUUUCGAAGACCUACGUCUCUCCUCUUCUUUCAGUUCAACUACUCUAGCCACACUUCUAUAAACGCCAUGCUUCGUUCUCUGAUCUUUCAGCUGCUUGCCGCAAGCCCCAGUUACCAACUCUUCAGAAUGCGAGAUACAUACGCUAUACGAACAGAAACCCACGGGGAUUAUGGCACUAAUUGGCAGUGGGGUGACGGCGAGCUGAUUUCAUAUCUGCAAGAUUCAUUCCUACGAGCUACUCAAGAUAAUACGCAUAUUGUGGUUAUUAUCGAUGCCUUAGACGAGGCUACUGAGGAGCUUUCAGUCAACUCGGUCAUUCUCGAUAUUCUUAGCAUCCCAUCCAUCAGAAUAUGUGCUUCAUCACGAUCAAGCCCCAGGUUUCCUGGCCUCGACUUCCAUACCAUAACCCUGGAGGAUCUCAACACCGCUGACAUCAUUUACUACGCCAAAUCGAGAGUCUCAUCGGCCGAAUGUGAUAUUUCCACUGUAGAGGGAGAUUUGAUACAGAGUUUGAUUGAGGCGUCAGAUGGCAUGUUCUUAUACGCCGAUCUAGUCCUUUCAAAUCUUGAAAUAUGGUUCAAUCAACAGGAAGGUCAACUCAGUCACAUCGAUUUCCCUAGAGGUCUCGUGGACCUAUACUCCUUGAUCCUCGCCGAUAUUGAGUCCAGCCAGAAGAGUCGAGAUAUCUUUCAUCAUAUCUUCCGGUGGGUCGCUUUUGCGACACGUCCUUUGACUGUUUCUGAGCUCACCAAUGCUUUGGCAUUUGAAAAUGUCCAAGGAUAUGAGACCUACAACGACCGAGACUCCUUAUAUGGUAUAACGCCGCUUGGAUGGGCUGCAGCAUAUGGCCAUGCAGAAGUUGUUGAUCUUCUACUUAACCACGGGGCCACAGUUGACUACACUUCGAAUGGCACCUCACCGUUAGAUCUGGCCAUCCGUCGCGGUAACAAGAGGGUAGUGGAACUGCUUCUCAGCAAAGGCUCAAGUAUGAAGCAACCCACUGUCACCACCCAGCAAGCUUUAUCUCUAGCAGCAUCGCUGGGUAGAGCUUCAAUUGUCGACAUCCUGAUUUCCUAUGGAGCCAACGCUCUAGCAGCUGACGAAUUUGGUUGGAGUUCACUUCAAAUUGCGAUCGCGGCUGGCAAAAGGGUAACCCUCGCGCGACUGCUCUCUACGAUACCGAAGACAUCUUUUGAGAGGCUCAGAGACCUCCCACCUCGCAACCUUCCAGGCUGGGUACAACGCAUCUUGUUAGCAUUCGGGCUUGGACUUUGCUGUCGUGGGUCUGGCAGUUGUUCAGCUUCUGCCACAAACGCUGGCCCAAUCAACCCUGGGAAAGGGUCAAAACGGGGAGGCCAGGGUUCGAGGAAACGCGGUCGGGACACAACUGAGAACAUGGACGAAAGUGAUCAGCAGAGCAUGGCCCCUCCACCACAGAAGCAAUCCCGGCAUACCUUUGAACUACGGUUUGCAUGUCCAUACAACAAAAGAUAUGCACCGUCUGAACCCCUGAGAGUUGCUCUGAACUAUGAGGAUGGUUUUGACACGAACCAAAGCGACACAUUGAAAUCUCUCAAGCCCAAGCAGUUCGAGACACCAGUUCACCACUGGGAGAAGACAUUCAAUACGGUAUUUCCUGACUGGACAACGGAUUUGCCAAGCCCUUAUCACGAGACAACCGAGACCGAAUGUCGUAUCAGGGUUGCUGCCAGGCUUCGUAGCGAAGAGUUUAGACAGGAGGUCUGGAGAAACCCUAGCAAUAUGGGGAGGGAGGUUUUCGAGCAACUGGCCAACCUUCUCGAUCCUUGGCCAAGAGCAUCGGCUAGGCCUGGCAACCAGAGCCCAAGCCUUCCUGACGAGCUACCUAUACGGCCAGCUUCAGUACAGGAGCAGGUUUCAACAGAAUUGAACCCUUCUCUCGAGAUUGGCUUGUCCAUGGAGCCGCGAGGGGGGGCUGCUUCUUCAGAAGCCCUUGCAGCAGCACCUGUACUCGACUCAUCAGCUCAGAUCUAUCGUCCAAUUCCGCCUCACUUUUUAUUCCCCCAACAGGUUUCCGAUACUAUGUCCCUCUCUCUUUUCAGUGGGACUGGUUCACUCAGCAGCUUUGGUCCAGGCCAGGAAUCGAUGUACGGUGACUCGGAUGCUAAUGAUGCUUCCAUGAGCUCUUGGGACUGCUCUUUCGCCAAUGCCCAGAUGGGACAGAUUCCUAAUGAUUCUUUGGAGUUCGAUUUCAACGCCUCAACUCCAGCCAACAUUCCCCAUUCCUCAAGAUCCGAGAAUCAGUUCAACCGCAACCGGGACUUAUCCACUUCAGGCGACACGCAGCCAGGAGAAUAUGAAGACACCACUAAUACAUCCUGGGCGCCUUCUAGAACGGCUGAUUGA